CGAAACUAAACCGAACGGUAAUCCCCAAUUUGUGCAAUGGCGCGAGGAUCAUCAUCUCGAUCAAAAAAGAAGAAAGGAUCAUCAUCAUCGAAACCAAACAAGUCACCUGCGCUUGGUGCUCAGACCGUUAUAUACCCGCAUCUUGAAGGCGGUAACCCUUUUGAACCGGGUACCAAGAACUACGAAAAAUUGCUGGACAUACGUCGUCGUCUUUAUGAAGUUAGCAGCAAACGUCCUUGUGGUUUUACUAUCAGCGCCUGUGACCCUUUUGCUCCUGGUAACUUCCGUGGAGCAUCCAAAUUCACUGCCCUUGUUCCUGACAAAACGUUGUUUCCAGGCCCCAGGUUGAAAGAAUCAAAGAUUGCCUGUCCUCCUUCCCAAGAUGGCUGCAGGUCAGUAGAAUCAAGGAUUGUCACUUCUCCUCCCCAAGAUGGCUGCCGGUCAGCAGAAUCAAGGAUUGUCACUCUUCCUCCCCGAGAUGGCUGCCGGUCAGUAGAAUCAAGGAUUGCCACUCUUCCUUCCCGAGAUGAUUGUGAGAAGGGUACCGGUGAUCUUUUAUACCACAUAGAUAGAGUAUGUUUUUAGCGUGUGUGAGGAUGGUAGCAUUGGGUUUGUUCGAGGAAACGAAGUGUUUUUUGUUUAUGUUCUAUGUUUAUUACCUAAAUAUUUGUGAGAAAUUACUUGGCUAUUGGAUAUAUGUAUGUUGGCGCUUGUGGAUA